UGGCUUGCUAGUUUAGUUCCGUCGUUGGAAGAAGAAAUGUUACAGAUUUCUAUAGUUCUACAUCUGUAAGUGUGGAUGGUUGCAGAUACUAUAGUUUAACAUCUGUAAGUGUGUAAAUUGUUUCUAAGUAGUAUAUUCAAAAUGGGAAAUUUCAUGGUGACAGCGCUGAGGAAACUUUUCGGCAAUCAAGAAGUUCGGAUUCUCAUGGUGGGCCUAGACAAUGCAGGCAAAACGACAAUACUAUACCAGCUACGCCUUCACGAAGUCAUUUCGACAGUGCCCACGAUUGGUUUUAACGUAGAAACGGUAAAUUAUAGGAACAUAUCAUUUACUGUUUGGGAUAUUGGUGGUCAGGACAAGAUAAGAAAUCUCUGGAGAGUUUAUUUGCAAGGUUCUCAGGGAUUAAUCUUUGUCAUCGACAGCAGUGAUAAGCAGAGGCUGAAUGAAGCCAAAGAUGAACUUUACCGAUUGUUAGAAGAAGAAGAUCUUAAAGGAGCUCAUGUGCUCAUAUUUGCUAAUAAACAAGAUGUAGUUGGAGCUGCCAGUGUGGCUGACAUAAGGGACAAACUUGGGUUGAACAAUAUUCGAAGCCAUAACUGGUUUGUACAGCCUGCGUGUGCAUUGAAAGGAGAAGGGUUACACGAUGGUCUCGACUGGUUAGCAAAUCAGAUUCAGGGUGUUAAGAAAUAGGAUAUUAACAUUUAUAGACAUUUACGAGCUAAUAAUUUAUAUGCAGCUGUCUUCAGGUACAAUCGGAAUAUGUUGUUAUACUACAUAAAUUUUAUCACAUGGUUAGCAACAAAGAGGUUUAUUCACAACUUCCAAGAUUUUUAAAGUAGAUAAUUUUCCCACUGGAACAGCACUUGACAUAUAGAAAAAGUAAUGCAUUCUUAUGCUUUUGAGAGAGGACUAGGUGUGUAAUGAUAUCAAUUGAAAUUGUAUCUAUAGUUAAAGACAGUUUUCUAAUUGUCAUUAUCAGUCUUCAGGGCUUUGUAGAAUCAGGUGUCAAUUUUCUCACUGUUUUCACUUUUAUAAUCUCUAGAAAGACAGAAUGUAUUGUCAGGUUUUUUGGCCCCAAAUAUUGCAACGCAGUGGCGGCUUGCAGCGGUACUAGUGGUACCAGUCUAGUACCACUUUAUUUUGAAAGCUCGAAUUAUUUUUUUAGUGUAUGAUUUUUCUUUUUUUGAGAUAAUUGAAUAAAGGGAAGAGCAGCGGAAUACACUAUAUCUUAAUUCUGACCCUCCUAUCUUAAUUCUUAUUGAAAGAUUGGCAUUGAAUAAACCCUUUAUGUACACCACGGCACUAGACCUCAUUCGUCCAGUACUGCAGAAGUCAUUCAUCCAUUGUCAUUUGUGAGUGAAAAUGACGUAAAACCGUUUGUCUUUGACAAUCCAACAAUGAAAAAAUCGUUCGCAGUACUAGAUUCCGCUUUCUAAUGAUAAAAUGCUGCGAGACCAUUUAACCCGUGCAGCUAACAAUAUCACAUGACUUCAAACAAACCUAGGUAUUAUAUGAGAACUUCUGACAAGCCAUUAAAAGACAAUUUGGCCAUAUUAGCUAUAAAUCAAAAUUUUCCGGGGACGACGCCCAUGCCCCGCCCUUUCUCUAGCUGACUCGCUCUGCUAAAAAAAAUUUUUUGCUUUCCUAGUACCAUCUUAUUUUCGUGCUAGCCGCCACUGUUGCAACGGCUAGUCAUAACUGCAUAUUUUAAAUACAUGUAAUAAUUCCUUCAAAGAUGCAUGCAUCAUUAACUUGAUUUAGUCUUGGCUAGACAAAAGUUCUACAACCAAUUAACACAAGCGUGAAGCAUCUAAGAUCUUGCAUUAUAGACAGGAUUGAUUAGUAUAGUACAUGCUAAGCAGCAGCAAUUAUUACCAAACAGCCACAUUUUGAGAAGAAUUUGGACCCAAGUAACUGAGCCACUUUAUGCUGUAACUGGUAGUUUUCACCAUAGGAAUGUUCACCUUUUGUCAAGCAUUGUUCUAGUUUAUGUUAAUUCAAAUAUUUCACCUCGUUCAGCUCUUGAUUUGACCUAAUUGUGAAUAUGAAAGCU